GGCUCGUGUCUGUCGAUGAGAUCAAGGUGCGCUUCUUCUCGCUCGGCCUCCAGACGGGCUUUGGGCUCCAGAUGUUCUUAAUGUCGGCCGUGCUGAUGGCGGCGGCGCAGCGGCAGGGCGGUCCGAUGUACGAGUUUGCGCUCGGAUACUACCCGCUCUUUCGCGGCCUGUUCCUGAUCUGCUUCUUCUGCUCGUGCUACGGUAUCGUGCUCUUCCUCUGGAAGCGGCACGACGUCGACUACCGCUCGGUGCUGGGCGUACCACAGCAGCACAACUACCACUCCAUCGUCACCCUCUCAUUCCUCGCCAUGUCCUUUGUCUUUGGCUGCUUCGCGCUGUACGUGCUCUCGCUCACAGACCACCUCACGCCAUACAAGCACGCGUGGCCCGCAAUAGCCGCCGGCACCUCGCUCCUCUUCCUGAUCUUCCCGUUUGACUGGAUGCCCGAGUGGAGGGACGCGAGGCAGCGCGCGGCGCUCUGCCGCUCGUUGGCGCGAGGCACCUUCCUCUCUCCCUUCCUCGUGCCGGAGCUGUCCGACACCAUCCUCACCGACGUCCUCUGCUCCAUGCCGAAGCUCUUCCUCGACCUGCUGCGCACCGGCUGCCUCUAUGCCACCGGCGAGGCGUACGAGAUAGAGUACGACGAAGAGAGAGCGCGCGCCGUCGGCAUGUCAGACACGUGCACAAACGAGGGGUCGAGGCUCUACUUUGCGUGCAAGGUGCUCCUCUCGCUCGGCCCCUUCGCCUUCCGACUCGCGCAGUGCCAGCGCCAGCUCGCCCUGGGAGGCGAGGUGAGGCACGUCUUCAACUCGCUCAAGUACGGGUGCGCCAUCUCUGUCGUCGCGCUCUCCUUGCUCUCCGACUCCGACCUCUUCAAGUGCGACGGCGUCUUCGUCGCUUGGCUCGCCAUGUCCGUCAUCUCGACGCUCUACUGCUCGUGGUGGGACCUCUACAUGGACUGGGGCUUCCCCGUCGGCGCGCGUGCCCUCGGAGUCUCGCAAUAUUUGGGCGAGACGGCAGUGGCCGACCCGCUCGAUGGCCGCCUCUUCCCGCGCCGCUCGUUCCAGGUCGGCGCGCUCGCAAACACGGUGGCACGCGCGGGCUGGGCGGUCUACAUCUCGCCCGACCAGCGCAUCCUGCAGCAGCACGUCGUGCUCCUCCUCGGCUGCGUCGAGCUGCUGCGGCGCGCGCAGUGGUGCGCUUUCCGCGUCGAGUGGGCCGUCGUCUCGCAGCUGAGGGCGCGCGUCCCUUUGGACACCUCGAGCUGCUCGCUGCCGUCGGCGCAGCCUUCGCCGCAUGCGGAGGCCGUCCGCAUGGCGCCGGCGGGCGUGCACCCGGGUGGGGGAGGAGCUGCGACGGUGGCGGCGGCGAGUAGCCUGCUGGGAAAGUCGCACAGCGGUUGAGAUCUCUCAUGACUCGUCCCCGUGGCCGCGCGGUCCCGCGAUCGAAUAUGAAUUGUUGUCGUGUAUCACAAUAUGUAUCUCUACUCUCA